AUGGAAUCAGUGAAACAUGUGCACAAGAAAUACGCAUCAACUUCAAAAGUAGGAUCUGAUUGGAAGAAUAUCUAUGUAAUUAGCACUUUUGCCUUCGUCGAUGCCUUACAAUUCGCAUUCUUCGUUUGGACAUUUUGGCCAUACGUUCAACAGUUGGAUCCCAGCAUAUCCGCCUCGUUCAUUGGGCUGAUCAUGGCCGUUUCUGGUGUUGGAGAAGCUGUUGCUGCCCCUAUUUUAGGAUUCUGGACGAACCGAACUGGAGUGGUGGUUCCACCUCUCGUAGCCUCCGUGGUAAUGUCCAUAGUAGGAAAUAUUAUCUACAUGUCGUUGAACGAGGUACCUGUACCACUGAGGAAAUAUGGCCUUCUUGUCUCGCGAUUUCUCAAUGGGGCUGGAAGCGGCAAUCGUGGAACAUUUUUUGCCUACAUCGCUGCGGCAAGUGAACCAUCUGAUCGUUUCCGAUCUAUGGCCCUUUCUGGAGGUGGCGCCCUUAUAGGACUCAAUGUGGGACCAGCUGUUCAAAUGCUUUUCACAUGGAUUGGCUCGGAAGGCAUAGACAUCAAAUUUAUGCGAAUUUCCAUGUAUACAGCACCAGCCCUCCUAGCUUUAGCAAUCAACCUAGCAUGCGUAUUUUUGCUCGUAUUUUUCUUAGACGAUGGACUAGAUCGAUUCAAUGGUCCAGAUUCAGAUUCAAUCUCAACCUAUAGUAUUGCCGCAGCUGAGGAUUCGGACUUAGAAAAAUGUUCUGUGAAAACUAUCAGAAUGGACGUAGUAGCCGUUUGUGUAUGUAUGUGGACAAGAGCUGCUAGAAUGUUGAUCACAGCCAAUGUUGAGAGCAUCGGAUCACCUUUCUCACAAGUGAUGUUCGGCUUGGACAAUAAACAAGUGUUAAACUACAACGCAAUGAUGCAAGGGGCAGUUGGCGCUCUGACUGUUGUUAUGUUGUUGAUCUAUGUUUUCACUCCAUAUUCGAAAUGGAUCUCCGAGCGUCUUAACUGCACCAUAGCCAUGAUUGCUCUAUUAUUCUUCCACCUGCUCACCUACUCUUGGCCCUUCCUUGAGGGACAACUGCCCGGCUGCGCAAAAUUCAUGGACACCGAAAAUGGCACAGGACAGGGAUGGUCAUGGUGCGAGAGUCUGCGACCUAUCAACUUCUGGCUCUACUACAUCAGCUAUCCGCUGAUCUUCGGGCUGGCAUUGCCUUGUCUGAAUAACUCGCUGCAAUCGCUGUUCAGCCAAGUUCUUGGGAAGGGAAGACAAGGCACCAUGCAAGGAGUGAAUCAGGCUGUAGGCUGCAUUUCUCGCAUCUGUGGACCUCUGCUCAUGUCGACCACCUUUUCCAACUUUGGACCACGAGCAACUUGGCUUAUCGAGAUAGUUCUUAUCGCCGUAUGUCUCUUCAUCUGGUUGGGGGUCUAUCGCCGACUGAUGCCAGCUGUGGAAGUCAAACAGAGAAAAAUUACCGUAGCCACCUGUGGUACGGUAAAUUCUGCGUUCAGAAAAAGUAGUAACUCAACUGAGAUCUCAGAGCUGGAUUCUGCAAACACCACCGUUUCUAAGCAGUUAACUUAA